AUGAUUGAGACAGUGGGUGGAACAAAGACGAAAGCAUAUGAAGUAUUGCCAUGUUCCCCUUCUUCGGUAGUUGGGUUACAACAACAAUCGAUUUAUUUCGCAGCAGUUAACAUUUUCCUCUCCAUCACAGCAUUUGUAGGGAAUUUUCUAAUUCUUGUUGCCCUUAACAUGGAAUCUUCCCUUCAUCCACCGUCCAAACUCUUGUAUCGUUGUCUGGCAACAACUGAUCUGUUGGUUGGUCUUGUUACUCAGCCUCUCGCUGCUACUUAUUGGAUGUCCUUGGUUGAUGAACAUUGGAGUCUUUGUCGAUACGCAAGAGGCGCAGUCUACAUAUCAAGCUAUGCAUUAUGUCUAGUGUCUUUGUUGACAUUGACGGCCAUAAGCGUGGACAGACUUCUCGCUCUGUUACUAGGAAUAAGAUAUAAACAAAUAGUAACUUUGAAGCGCACGUGUAUCACUAACGCUACUUUUUGGAUUUUAUCCGUCGCCGCUGCAUCAUUUUCCGUUUCGCAUACUCGAAUAAGCAUUUGGUAUGGAAUUGUAGUUAUACUUUCAUGCUCAGUGAUCUCAAUCGCCUCGUACACUAAGAUAUUUCGCACCCUUAAACAUCACCAGGCUCAAGUACAAGAUCAUGUUCAACAACAGUCGAGCCAAACGACUGCACUAAACAUGGCAAGAUACAGGAAGGCAGUGAGUAGUGCACUGUGGGUGCAGUUAGCAUUAGCUGUUUGUUAUUUACCAAAAGUUUUAGUGCUGCUUGUGCUCACUUUUAGAAAAACUUAUUCUUCAUAUGUAGUCAUUAUUGAUGCAAUAACAACUAUUUUAACAUAUUUUAACUCCACUUUGAACCCGUUUCUUUACUGCUGGAAAGUCAGAGAAGUGAGACAAGCAGUAAAGCAGGCAAUCCGACAAACACUUUGCUUUCCAUGGACUUAGAUCUAUUUUCCUGGAGGUGCCGGACUUGUAUUAAUCAGGCGUAAUUUGAAGGGAAGGGAAAAGAAGAUAGAAUCAAACAAACACGAUUUUUCAGCAUCUAUUGUGUUCUAGAUGCUUUAGUGUUUGACUAUUUAUGCUGAUAAAUAUCAAAUAAAAACACAGUGGAUUUAGAUGAAAUCUCUCGGAGUCGUUAAUAAGGCGUAAUUUGAAGGGAAAGAAAAAAGAAU